AUGUGUCAGUCGGAGGGGCCGGGGCCCAGAUUGGGCCUGAACAGUCCCGACCCGCUUGUGAGAGAGGCUUUUCUCAUGGCCCAUGACUACAUAGACUAUGUCACCUCAGGAGGGGCUGAUGGCUCCAUGGGAACUGCCCCUUCGGCCUGCACCGCAGCCCUGCGCCACGCCGGAGACGAGCUCCUCACCCGCUUCCCCAUCUUCUUCAGGCGCUGGCCGCGUGUCUUCCAGGACGUGACGGAGAACACGGCCUGCCCCACGCUGGUGAGCAUCCUGGACGAGCACUUCUUUGCCCCCGUCCCCGGGGGGCGCCGCAGGGACCUGGCCUGGAGCGCCGUGCUGUCGGUGUAUGUGCUGGCCGGUCAGAUGGCUCUGCAUUGCCAUGAGAAGGACAUGGUGGAGGUCCUGUCCCAGCUAAAGGAGUGUGUGGGGGCCUAUGUGGAGAGGGUCAUCUGCCCUGAGAUACGAGAUAAGGGAGGAUGGAGUGGUUUUGUCUCACGCUUCGGAGAGAAGCAGGGUUUAGAAGGCCAGGUGAAGAAGGUGUGCUGUUGGACACUGCUGGCUCUGUCCAUAAGCAUCCUGACCUACUGCCUGUGGAAAAGAAUGGCUUAGCCAACAGUGCCACCUAGUGAUCACAAGCAGAAAACCUCUGAGUGAGCUUUCUACCAAAUGAAAAUGUCCAGAGGUACUUUACAGUGCACCCUGUACUUCUGUAGAAACUUAUCAGCAGAUACAAUAAAACUAUAAUUAACAUUGGCAGCAAACCCAUGGUUGUCAUGUUCAUGUCAAACUGUUUGUGCUGCAGUAUAUGAACAUUGAUCUGUUCUGAGCUUUAAUUACACAGGAAGUCAGUCUCAAUUACAGGGCAGACUGGAAAAUACUGCAUUUAUGAUUUAAUAAAACAUCUGCAAUGCUCUUAUCAUAUUCAUUUGGCCACAUUUCUUUCCAGACAGUCACAAUACAGCAGGGUUGAGCCUGAUUGGAUAUGACGUAAUGAUGUACUUUAUGGGUCAGCUGACUUAUUUCAGUCACUUUUACAUAACUCUUGACUGAAGAGCAGUGAGGUAAUUACGUACAUUACUUGUGCAAUGUGGUGCAUCCGCCAAAAAAAGAUGCCUCAACUAGCAU